ACAGACUGAUCAUUGCCUCAAAGCCUCAAUUUAUGCUGCUCCUGACAAAAUAUGUUGGUUUCGCAGACAAGAACAUAUCCUAAGCAACUGCUACGAUCUUUUACUCUUUCAUUUCUCUUCUCGUCAUGAAUCGUCGUCUCCUUCUCGGUCCAUACCCCAGAGACGCGGACCGCGUGCUCACACAUCAGAAGAACCUUUGCACAAAUGAAGGACAACAGUUGUGCUCUUGACGUCUUUCCACGUGUAUUGCAGCUACUUGCUGAGCUCAAUUUCUUAUUCUGAAUAAUAAACAAAGGCGCACUCGUGUCCCGUACUCAACUCCCAUUCAACACGUCGAACCCUUUAGAUAUUUUUGAGCCACGAAAAAGAUAUUUCAGAUUUUGAGAAAUCUUUGAAACGUGGCGAGUGAUCCCCACCCUCAAUCUAGCAGCUGACGUUAUUCCUCGAUUCUCCAGCACGGCAUUUCAGCAAUGCUGUAUUAACACGCGUCUCCCUCUUUCCAAUUAAGUCCCAACACGUGUUUCUGGUUCCCAGCCCAGGAUCUAGAGCAGUAAACCAUCCAUUUCUCAAGCGACACGUGUCCUCCAAUUGAGUUCCGGACACUGGUAUUUAGGUGCUUUUAGUUACCAUCGCUAUCCCGUGUUUGUGUUCUCCCAAAAAAUGAGUGCCACCCACAGACGCAGACUCAACCAACCGAGUCCUGACUCGGAGGACUCGGGGAUCCUUGACGAGCGUAUACUUCUUCUCGUCCUUGAGUCGAUAAAAUGGGAUUUGCAGGUCAUUUGCGUAACUGCCUCGCUGAACCGCAAGCUUCGAGCUACAGCGAAGCGCUUACUGUGGCGACAGCUCUGCGUGUAUCGCGCACCGCGCAUGGUAGCAACAUUGGCUAAUGGUGCGCCCAAUGGAAGAAUAGGUGGCGGGUGGGACGCUCUCGCAAAGCUCAUGUUCUACUGCUGCGGUUGUGAGUCAACUCGCCAUUUCAAGCUGAGUCGGCCGUCCCCGAGUCACUUCGCGAGAGCUUCUCGAUUUUCGAAGACCUCGGGUCGGAGCUUCUUGUCCAAGAAGUGUCGGGGUGAUUUGUUGUUUGUAAGUGACCCGUGCGAGCAUCCAAUGGGGGAAAAAGAAGAUGAUUUGGGGAUUUAUCGGGGGGUAUUUCGGGGAUUUAUGAGGUCCAAGACGAGAGCUUGCUUGAUUAGACGACAAGUGGCGUUUGAAGAGAGAGUGAGGUGCCCUUAUUGUGGCACCCGCGUGUGGAGCAUGACGAGGGCUCGGCUCGUGCCCAAGAGCGCGGCUAGGCGACUGGGGUCACGUGACGGUAGGUUGGAGUAUUUUGUUUGUGUGAACGGGCACUUGCAUGGGACUUGCUGGCUCGUGCCUUUGUCGUCUGAUGAAGAAGUUUGUGACGAUGAUGAUGAUGAUGGAAGUGAAGAGAUCGACGGGGAAGCAUAUAACCAUUAGACAGUGACAAUUGGAAGCACGAGCUCGUCAGGGGAAGAUGUUUUAGGAGAUGAGCCCAUCAAUUGAUUGCUAAACGUGUUGUAAGUACAGACAAAUUUUGAUAUAUUACCCAGCGUAUUUACGAAAGAACAGAUUGGCUUAGAAUGACUAAUGGAUCAGGCUGGGUCUCUGUCCUUUCUUUUAACUAUGACGUGUCGAUAAGAGAUUGGGUCCCAGAGCUAUGGGCUAGCCUGAAGUCUCCACCUGUUGAUAGACACUGAUUUUCUUGGGCUUGAGGUAUGAAAACUAAUUGACGUGGAUUGUCAUGAGAGAGGAAUUUCUAUGAGAUGUAUAGUAGGAACGGCGGAUUGGGAGACUUGGGAUAAUUUUCUGUAAGCUAUCAGUUGCUUUCAUUGCAUGUGAAAUCCAUUUGUUUGCAUGUGCCUUCGUUAUUUUCAUUUCACCCAUGCUGUUGCAAUCACUUUUUUGUACUUAUUUCAUGUGAUAAUGCUAUUGUAAUAAACUACUAUUUCAUAAUUCUUCUCCUUUA